AUGGCGGGCAAAAAGUUUCCCAAUGCCAAGGAAUCCUGGGAGUUUUCUGCAGCAUCUCAUACAAAGGCCAACGCAACAAGAAACACUAUCGUACUAGCGAACCGAGGUCAACGACUUACUUCAGGCCAAUGCUCGGCUUACCUGAAUCCCGCUAUAGACCUACCAGGCUACAAUCCGUUCCCGGAGCUGGUUUCGAUGGGUGCUGAGAGCCCACUUCUGCUAUAUACGGUGGUGACCGCCGCCGCGGCUCACAUGUCCAAUAUCCUCAGGCCCAGCGCCGACAAAUGGUUUGGUCAUCCACAAAGUAUCAACAAAUACGAUUGGAGUCCGUCCCGACGAGCUUUGGCGGAUGCCCUGGCGGCUAAGCAGAAGGCGCUCUACUUACUUCGCAUGGCUCUCAGCGAUGUAGAUGUGGUAGGAAAUGACAUGGUACUAACGGCCGUGAUUAUGCUUGUCACGGCUGAUAUGAUUGACUCUGGGAAACAUGACUGCCAGGUCCAUGUUAAUGCUAUGGGCUGGUUGCUGAGCCAAGUACCUCCAACUACUGGUGUUGGCGAGAUGCUCAAAGACUUCAUUAUAUCAGACUGUUAUAUCCACUAUGUUUUUGCUUUGACCUUCAUGGAUCAGGUGCCGAAGUCGUUAUUUGCUCUUAACAGGGCAUUUGCCUCAUCUGCUAUGCACUAUGCCGCUAGAAAUAGCUUCAUCUGCUGUCCAGCUGAAAUCUUACAAAUCAUGUGGUCUACUGCAAUGAUUUUGAAAGACCAGCCUACACAACACGGUGCAUAUGGUACAACCGAGAAAGCAUUGAAACUCAUUUUUAACGCCAUAUCAUUUGACGUGGUUUCGUGGUCAUGUAACAUUGAGAAUGUGCCGCGAGGUCGUCAAGUUACUGACAUUAACAGCCGGGCGCAUUCAGGCUAUACGCAUCAAAUGGCAUGUUGCUUAUACAUCCUCUACGCAAUUCCUUCCGUUAGAAGGAUCUUGCCAGAAGGGACUGAGCAGAGUUUAGAGGCAGGGUUGAUGUGCCAUCUGCGUUCAAUUACUGACGAGGAUCCCAACUUCAAGACGUCGUUUUGGCCAACAUUCGUUGCUGGCGCCCAGUCGCGGGAUGCAUACCAGCAAGUUUGGAUCAAGGAUAGAAUGAUAAGGCAAUUGCGUCUCUUCCCGUGGGGUUUCUUGUACACCGCUAUAGAAACUCUUCAACUCAUAUGGGAGCGACGCAAGGUUCAACCAGAGCUGAACUGGCUACAGAUCUUAAGGAGCCCUGAAGAAAAAGUGAGGGAACACUUGCCAGAUCCGUCUUUUUUUUAUGUACCUGGUAUUGGAUUCACGGGCGGCCACGCAGUAGGUGACUCUCCUCUUUUGGUCUUGAGCGCCAGAACAUCAUCCACUACAAAGAUCCGCCAUUAUAUUAUCAGCCCGGUGAUUCUCUCUGUUGUAUCUCUGCAACACUUUUGUUCAUUCUAUAUCCAUCAAGCCAUGAGUGGACAAAUCAAAACACAGAGCAUUCUGGACAACGCACGCAUAGCGCCUGAAAUAUAUAAGCUGCGCCCGGAUUAUCGAGCCCUCCUUGUACAAGCCGAGGGCAUCCCUCCAGGGCCCAGCGACGCAGCUAGUGAGGCCAUGUUGAGAGAAGCAGAGGAACACGUCAAGAGCCUCACGUCGACCCAAUCCGUCAUUGAGCUCCCCCAUAUCGCAGCUUGGCGAGAAGCUUACAAGGCCUUCGGCGCCAAGCCCCAGCGCACCCGCAAUAGCCUGGAAGCCCUGACACUUCGUGUUGACAAGGGCGGUCUACCGCGCGUCAACCGCUUGACAGAUAUUUAUAACGCUAUUUCUGUCAAGCAUCAGAUCCCGUUUGGUGGCGAGGAUCUGGACAAGUAUAAUGGAGCGCCCUUCUUGAUUCGCGCCACUGGCAAGGAAGAAUUCCACACUACGGCCAAUGGACAGCCCUCGAUAGAGCUAGCAGCCCCUGGGGAGCCUAUCUGGUGUGAUAGUACUGGCAUUACUUGUCGUAGAUGGAAUUGGCGACAAGGUCCACGGACUGCGCUAACGGACGAGACUACCCGUGUCCUCUUUAUCCUGGAUGCUCUGAAGCCACUGUCUGACGAGGAGCUUGUUGAAUCUGCUGAGGAACUCUGCAGUGCACUCAAGGCACUAUCGCCGGCAGUGAAGGCAUCUUAUCGAGUUCUCAGCGGUCCUGCAUAG